AUGGCGAAUCUUCAUCCUUUUGAUCCCGUCACCCCCCAAGAGAUCCAGCUUGCUGUGCGGAUCCUCGAGGGGGCUCUGCCGGGGGUCAAACUUCGCUACAACCGCAUCGAUACCCACGAACCUAUCAAGAAGGAUGUACUUCCAUAUAUCGAGGCAGAGCGCUUGGGGAAACCUCUCCCACCGCGGCCAGCUCGUCUCCUAUACUCCUACUUCCAUCGUCUCGACACUAAAGUCUGCUGCAAGGCAUUGAUCAAUGCUGACGCGCGAUCUAUCAUUUAUCUGAAGGAACUGCCAGAGGGCGUCCAGCCGCCCAUGGACGUUGAUGAGCUGGCGGAUAUCGAAAAGCUGUGCAUGCAGCACCCCGCCGUGCUGGCGGAGAUUGAGAAGCUCAAACUCCCCCCUGGCAUGUCCGUCUGCAAUGACCCUUGGAUGUACGGCUCCGAUUAUUCAAACGAGAAGCGCCGUCUGUUCCAAUGUUUCAUGUACAUGGUCGCUGUGGACCAUCCUGAGAACAACCAUUACUCUCUCCCCUGCAAAUUUUGCCCCGUCUUCGACGGCCACACCCGGGAGUUGGUUCGCAUUGACUAUCUCCCCCAUGGAGCCGACACCCAAACCACGGAAACCCAGCCGUGGAAGCCAGUCAAGGCCAUUCAGUAUGCUCAUGACCUCUUGGACACGCCGCUGCGAACGGAUCUCAAGCCAUACAUUGUCCAGCAGCCCGAGGGCCCGUCCUUCUCCGUGGAUGGUAACUCGGUCUAUUGGCAGAAAUGGCGCUUCCGCGUUGGAUUUAAUAACCGAGAGGGAAUGGUUCUCUACAACCUGACGUAUGACGGCCGCAACGUCUUCUACCGUCUCUCCGUGUCCGAGAUGACUGUUCCCUACGGAGACCCCCGCGCUCCUUACCACCGCAAGCAAGCUUUCGAUGUUGGAGACUGCGGCUUUGGUAUCAAUGCCAACCAACUCUCGCUUGGAUGCGACUGCCUGGGCCACAUCAAGUACUUUGACGGCUACCGUGCCGACUCCAAGGGUAACCCGGUUCACUUGAAGAAUGUUAUUUGCAUGCACGAGGUAGACAACGGCCUGCAAUACAAGCACACGAACUACAGAACCGGUGCCGCCGCCGUUUCUCGCAACCGUCAACUGCAUAUCCAAAUGAUUUGCACGGUUGCAAACUACGAGUAUAUCUUCAUCUUCAUUCUGGAUCAGGCUGCAAACGUGGAGCUCGAAGUCCGCGCCACUGGAAUCCUGUCGACCGUCCCCUUCGAUAACGAGAACGGAGAGACUGUUCCCUGGGGAACGAAUGUCGGCCCUGGAGUCAUGGCGCCUUUCCAUCAACACAUGUUCUCUUUCCGCGUUGACCCGGCCAUUGAUGGGUUCAAGAAUACCGUUUACUAUGAGGAUAGCGUGCCCCUCCCGGAAGAUGACAAGAACCCCUACCUCGUGGGUUAUACCACGGAGCAGACGGUCAUUUCCCAGUCUGCAAGUGCGGAGACUGAUAUCAACCGCCACCGUGUCUUCAAGAUCCGCAAUGACAGCGUGGUCAACCCGAUUACCUAUAAGCCCGUGGCCUACAAGCUCCACGCGGCCCCUAGCCAGAUGCUUAUCAUGGGCAAGAACGCAAUUGGUUACCAACGAGCCGAAUUCGCGAGCAAGCCUAUCUGGGUGACCAAGUAUCAAGACGAUGAAUUAUUCGCUGCCGGCGAAUUUACAAACCAGAGCCGACGCGCCAAUGGUGUUGAAACCUGGGUCCAGCGCAAGGACAACACGGAGAACGAGGAUGUGGUUCUGUGGCACUCUUUUGGUCUGACGCAUAACCCUCGUGUUGAAGACUUCCCUGUCAUGCCCAUGGAGCGCAUCAGCGUCAUGCUGCGCCCUGACGGCUUCUUUACCAAGAACCCUGCCCUGGAUGUCCCGCCAUCCACCCAGUCCUUCAAUAAAUCCACGCUUCACGCUGAACCUGCUAAUACCGCCUCGUGCUGCUCGGCCGGCGGCAGCAAGGCCAAGCUUUACAAGCGAAUUGACUAA